AUGAUAACCACUAUGAUCACUGUUGAAUCACUCCCCAAGCUUCUCGCUGAGGACAUCAAGGUCAAAGUCGCCGGUAUCGACAGCGAUGGCGUACUUCGAGGAAAAGUCAUGGCAAAGGAGAAGUUCCUUGGAAUUGCCGAGAAAGGAUUUGGGUUCAGCUCUGCCCUCUUCGGCUGGGAUAUGCACGACAUGCUAUGGACAACGGACGCACGGGUUGCUCCCCCAGAGUCAGGAUACGCAGACUUCCUGGCUAUUCCCGAUCUGAACUCAUUUCGCCGUUUGCCAUGGGAAGAGAAUAUCCCAUUCUUCCUAGUGCGAUUCCUUGACAACACACGUGCGGUUUCAGCCGAUGGGAGGAGUAUGUUGAGGAGUCUGUGUGAUAAGCUUGAGGGGGAGGGAAUUCAUGCUUUAGCUGGAGUUGAACUCGAAUUCAUGAAUUUCCAAACUCCAUCAGAAGAUGGUUACGGCAGUACAGGAUCCCAGCAUCCCAACCUUGCUACCUUCUUGGAGAAGAAUGCUCCCAGUGCACUACGGCCAAUCACUGCUGGCAUGUUCUGCUAUAGCUCAACACGACCGGUUGCCAACAAGAAGUAUUUCUAUGAUAUUUUCAAUACCAGUGCUCAGAUCAACUGCGGCAUCGAAGGAUGGCAUACUGAGGGCGGGCCCGGUGUGUAUGAAGCAGCUCUCAAAGUUUCAGAAAUUAGCGAGAUGGCAGACAAAGUAGCAAUGUUCAAACUCUUGACCAAAUCACUGGGAGUUGACCACGGCAUCACACCAUGCUUUAUGGCCAAGCCCAUGCAAGGCAUGCCAGGCAGCUCCGGACACAUUCACAUCUCACUGGCUGACAAGGAUGGGAAUAACCUAUUUGCCAGAGAGACAGCAGAGGCAAACCCUCAAUGGUCAGACAUCGCCCAUCUCUCAGAUACAGGCCGUCAGUUCCUUGCGGGGCUUCUUGAAGCUCUGCCAGAUAUCAUGCCCUUAUUUGCUCCCACCGUGAACUCAUAUAAGCGUCUCGUUGAGAAUUACUGGGCACCGGUGCAUAUCAGCUGGGGUCUCGAGGACCGGAUUGCUUCCAUUCGUCUUAUCACGCCGCCAGUCUGCAAGGCUGGGGCCACGAGAUUCGAGGUUCGCAUCCCCGGAGCUGAUCUUCAUCCGCACUAUGCCUUGAGUGUCAUUCUUGCCGCUGGCUGGAGGGGAGUGCAGAAAAAGCUUGAGAUCAAAGUUCCGCCGAUGUCAGCACGCAAGCCUGGAGACCGUCCGGAGCUUCUGCCGAAUACCCUGGACAAGGCUUUGGAUCGGUUCUCGGCGCCUGGCAGUAUUGCGCGGGAAGUCCUCAGUUCUGAAUUUGUGGACUUCUUCACCGCGACGCGACAGCAUGAAUUGGGUCUUUGGAGGGAGGCUGUCACCGAUUGGGAGUUGAAACGAUACAUUGAGAUUGUGUAA